AUAUGACGCUGUCAUCCUGUUGCACUUGAUACUAUGGUCCUUCAUCAACAGUGCCUCAUUUAUUGUUAAACUGAUCUACGUUUCCCUGUUUCCACACAAGCAGGUGACCAGGGGACGACCAGUUCGUACAUUUCACCAAGCGAGAUGGCGGAUAGUCUGUAUGUGUUGGUAGCUACAGCUGUUGUUUAUGGAAGUUUACUUCUGCCUGUUCUGGGCGCCCAAUGGACGUCAUUACGUGGCAUAGGAACAUAUUACAGUCGUGCCACUGUUUGGAAGGAUGCCAAGAAAUUAUGUCGGAACAGAGGCGGGAAACUUUUGACCAUCGAAGAUAUUGAUUACUGGGACAAAGUGAUUGACCGAUUAAACGUCACAGAUACUGGGUCAACUAUAUGGAUCGGCGGCCGAGAAGAUAAGGAAUCCUGGAUAUGGUCACAUGAUUUAUCCGUACUCCAGAGGAAGCCAAUAGGCUGUUUUACAGAAAAGUUUACCUAUCCUAGUAACUUCACGAAUAAUCAGCCGACUUUGUGUACAAGUUUCUGUAAGCACAGUAUGACCACCCAAUACGCUGGUCUGAAGGGUUCCGAGUGUUUUUGUCUCCGAGAAGAGACGAAGUUUGAAUCAGUAUUGGAUGCCAAUUGUAACACAGCCUGCCCCGGAAAUAGGUACCAGUUCUGUGGAGGCGAUAACAGCGUCACCGUCUACAACACUGAAGAUUCCCUGGGAUGGCAUAUGCAUAAACCAGAUGCGGAACAAACUCGACAGGACUGUGGACAGAUAAUGCGGAUUGAUAGUAAUCAAACCAUGUGGUACUCUGGAAACUGUACACAGCGACACAAAUACAUCUGUAAGAUAGUUAACAAUCCCGGCGUCUGUAAUUUCUACAAAAGAGCUAUCCCCUGUUAUUUUGCCUCUGAUGAUGCACAAACGUGGUUUGAAUCUGCUAAAAAAUGUAAACAGAUGGGUGGUCAUCUCUCUGACAGGGCUGUGGAGGAUGAGGACAGUAUCCUGAAACAUCACACGUUUUACUGGACAGGGUUAACACGAGUUGUUCAGACCUGGAUUGGUGGCAAUAAAAAUGUUGUGGAUAUGUCCCUUCCCCGUUCACAGAGGAUUGAGAAUAGAACCCGGACAUGUCUGACUUUACAGAAGAAUGAAGUGGACGACUCCUGGUCGUUAGGUAGCGUGUCGUGUAAAGAACACCUGCCCUACAUAUGUCAUUUGCACGGUAGUAUCCCCGAGUCAAACGAGUAUACAUACCGGAACGACUUUGAUACUGGACUGACAAAAGCGGAAAUUGACCCGGACGGCUACUUGUUUGUCAUAUUCUACAUCAUCAUACCCGCAGCAGCAGGCGUUUUUAUAUUGAUAAUUCUGACAAUAAUCAUCUGUAGCAUCCGGAAAAGAAAAGCAAAGAAAGCACAAAGAAAGAAGGAAGAGGAACAUUUUUAUUUCGUCCUGGAGAAGGAGGAAAGCAUAUACAAUACAAUUGAUGGACCUGAUACGUUGAAGGAAACACCAAUCCGUGGCAAACCUGGACCCAGGGAACAGGCCAGGACAUCAAAGAUAUCUCCCAAACCUGACAACAUAGUCACAGACAACACGUACAAUCAGUUAGAAUUCAAAGGAAGGAUGUCGAACGCCUUCAGCAAUGGCGUCCUACCGAUUGUAGUACACAAUUUUGACGAUUCGACUGAGGAUAACCCGUAUGACGUGGUGCGGUCCGCCGAAUAUGAUACUAUAGAAAAUAUAAAGCGAAGCUGCUUCACGCUUGUCGACAAACCUUACGAUAAAUGUGGGUCGUUUUCCAGACCGGCCCAGGACGUUAACUGUAACCAAAACAAUACGCGAAAUCCAAAAUAAGCCAUGUUUGUUACUGUUUACAUAAUUAAUCUUUAUGAAGGAUGUUUUCACUUCCGUUGUACUUACAGUUACUUGUUAUAAAACGGACAGUGACUUGCACGAAAUCAACGUGACUGCCAAGUGUUGUUUUAAUCAUCUUUUUCCUGGAUUCAUGUUACUGAUUUGCUUUACAUCAGUGUAUAAAUCUAAGUGGCUCACACUUCAAUCAUAACUUGAUGCACGUGAUGCAAUGAUUCACGUCAAUCUCACUCAGUCAGUGAAAGCGAUCACUUAGUUAAUGCCAAUCUCAAAAAUGUUUCUGAAAUUCGUAUAGAUGUACCACACAUUAAAUAGUCAUAUGUGUCGGAAUCAAAUUUAAUCAAGAUCUAGCUCUAUUGCUGGAUUUUAAGAUGAUAUUUUAUUAUUUUUAUCUUUGCAAUGAUGUUUAAAUUACACGUGUUUUCAAUAAAUGUGUAGGAAGCCAUAGAGCAGUUGGAUGUAAUACAUAAAGUAUAUGUUGUUUUAAAGAAAUGAUAAUUGUUAAAAGUUAUUGAUUACAUGUAUUUAUCUACACUUAAAUGCUUGUUGCAGUGUUGAUUGCUGGUCGGUUACUAUUGUUCAUAGGCGUGUACCACGGGCACUCCGUGGAUUGCACGUUUUAUUAUGCGCUAAGUGGUAAUUGUUAUGUUUUUUUAUAAUAACAAAUAUGUUAUUGUAUUACCACGCAUUUAUAUCUUUCUCAAUUUACACUUGUCUCAGAGAUAAUCCAUCUAAACUACCGCCGUUUUUCAUACAUCCAUUGGAACAAAAAAUAAUUGUUUUAUGUAUUAUAUGUGUGCGUUUGUGCUAAUGUGCAUACCUUUGUCCCCCUUGCAUGGAUGCUUAUGUUUGUUUCAAACUUUAUGAAUUUACUAGACAUCUCCAUCUCCAUGGAGACCAUGAAACUGAACUGAAAAUUCCCAACUUUUUACGUUAUGUCGACUAUGUAAAAACAGUAUCUAACACAACCAAUAACGUUAUUGCUAGUGACGUUUCGAUAACAGCUCUGUUAUUUUCGUCAGACUUAAAGUGUAGCGUGUAGACACUAACGUGGUAAGUGUUUACGAGAUGGUAAUAAUUGUCGACAGAUAAGCGCAGUUUGCAGUGAUAGCGUUCAAGCAAAGUUGCUCCACUUUCAAAGUGUGCAUACCUCUUUGUUCUUUUGCGUAAAUGCUUAUGUGUGUACGGUUGCGAUGAUUCAAACUUCAUUUAUUCACUUGGCACUGUUUCCUUUUUUGUAUCAAUAUGUAUCUUCCACGAAUCUUAUUUUCCGCGUAUUACUAUUCUAAAAAAAAUAAUCUACGUGUGAUGUAACCGUUUAUAAUUAUCAGAAUAUUCCAUUGUUUGCUUAAUAUAAUUGCCUGUCAUUUUUUUCGAUACAAUUUUUAUUUACUGAGUUGUCAGUAAAUGUGUUUUAAAAUGUGAACAUUCAGCAGAUGUACUAAGCCUCCAGUCUGUGACCUUUGUACAGUACUUAAAAAAAUAUUUCUAUCACUUCCAUCGCUUCCAGAUCCAUUAGCUUCAAAUCCCGUAUCGAUCUAAAGAAAGCGCUAUAAUAAUAUAACACAGUUAUCAAAUUAUCCUAGUAGCGUUCGCGGAACUGUGAUAUGCUGUAAUGUCCGUGGUAUACAGUUGCUUUAGAUGGUAACUACUGCGAGAGCGAUUGAAAAUGUGUGUGUGAGGUUUGGGAGGCAAUUAAAAACGUAUCAAUAUACACUGGUUUAAAUUGUCCGAAUUUCCUCUUUUCCCAGCACCAGACUUAAGGCAUUUUGUCGGAUGGGUGCAUCAAACCACAGCGUCUAUCCACAGGCGUCUGCUUCCGGUUAGUAUUGAUAGAAAAAAUAUAUAAGGCCUUAACCAUGCUACAUCAACAGUAGAAAUAGGGGGCUUAUUUUUUUCCUUCUAUCAAUACUAAACAGAAGCAGACGCCCGUGGUCUGUCCGUCAAAAUGUUUUUUUACCUGGUUUGAGGCGGAAACUCUGGAUAGCGCGAGAUGUAAAUCGUACCGAUGGUUAUAGAUGUACAUAUAUGUAAGAAGCUGAAGUCUUGUGCAAAAUGCGAUUGUAAAAUGUGAUAAAUGUUGAAUAAAACAAUGAACCAAUAUC